AUGAUCCACACGUCAGAUUCCAGCGGAUCCCCUUACGCCCCCGCCGAUCUUGUCUCUUUGAAGGGAAUAGAGGCUGUCAGGCAAACAGCCAAGCUCAGCGAGUGUUGUGCAAAUGCGGCGAUGCGAUUGCUUACCUUGAGAAACUUGCCCCUGUACCACUCCUUGAAGCAUGCAUCGUAUUUUUCCUUUUCUACGGCGCACGCUUUCAAUGGAUUGACGCGUUGCAUCUUCUCGUUUCCCAUCUGUGACGCUUCGUUCAACCUUCGUACUGCUUAA